AUGCCACGUUCAAACUUUCAACGGUCCCAAAGUCGCGUGUGGUACGGAGAUAGUGGUCCAGAAAGUCUGUUUUACGGUUCAGGCUUUGGCGUCGGCAGCGGAUAUUUAUUUCUGCAGAAUCAACUUCAUGGAAGGCAAGGGUCGCUGUUUAGACCUACCCUUCCAGGGAGUUUUUCAGAGUUGGACGAAGAAGAAGAGCUGGGUCUGCAAAGAACACCGGAAAAGCAAAUCAACAGCACGCUGAAUGGCAGCACGGGAAGUGGCAGAAGUCAGAUCGCGUGGAGUGUGGCAACUCGUCAAGGAAGUCCCGCUAGUCAUAAAAGUCAGGAUUCUGGAUUCUCUGACGCCGAGCAUUCUCCAAACAUGCAAUCGAACAACAGUAACAACAGCAAUCAUUCGCCCAGUAAAAACUGCAACGAAAACAAAUCAUCUCCGGAUAAACUAACGCCAAAGCGAACAAUCAACGAGCAAUUAUUUCAACGAUCACCGUCAAUUUCUAGUGAAGCUCCAACCCCGCCAACGGUCAUCCGGAGACCGCACGCAUCUGCAGAGGCAUCACGGGACGAAUUCAUGGCCCGACGAAUAUCGAACAGUGAACCUAAUUCACCAACUCGCCAGUCUUCACUAGCACCCAGUCUAGAUUUGAUCAGAAAGCUUGAUUUCAGAAAUACAUCGCCACACGAUGCUAGUCAGCUGAGUGAACGACUCGGCAAUCACGAAGAUGAAACUUUUUCUUCCGGCCCGUCCUCUCUAACAUCUUCCUACCAGUCCUCAUCGCGCAACAGUGCAACCUCGUUGAAACGAGGCCGACUGCUUACCAAAUGUAGCCGAGUCAAGCGGAACCUCUCUCAGCAGCUACAAGAUUCCGACGAAGAAAUGAUCUCACUGGAUAGUAGUGAGUUAACAAAUUUACUCAAUCAAACUCUGGCUCAAGACGUCACUUUAUCCGAGUUAAAAACUCCCGAUAGCGUUCGUAGGACACCUUUGGCGUACAACAACGAAACUGUAGUUUUCGGCUAUGUAUCACCAGAUUCUAACAAAACCAUCCACGAUGGAACCCCAACACGCGAAAAGGAAUUACCAACCUAUGCCGAACUAUACCCCAACGGUACCUCAACGCCCAUCCUUUAUCCAUCGAAAUUUUAUCGUUCCCUUCCACCCACUCCAACGCGAACGCAGCGGGCUAACGUCAAAAUACGCCCAACCAAACUAGUCGACAAUUUUUACGAAGAACCUGACCAGAACCCGCUGAACCGUGUAUCGAGUGGCAACGAACUAACUUUUACUGAGUACGAAAAUCCACUUCUCAACGGACAUACUCCAGCCGUUCAAUCUUGGUUGGAUGGCCUCCGCUUUUCCUGUCAGAGUGAAGUGAUGUCUAUUCUGCAGACAAAAUCGAUUAGCGUGGAAGCCAGUCGAAAUUUGAAGAUGACAUCCGCUACGGCAGUUAAGCUCACCAGACAUCUUCAAUCCAAGGUCACCGUACUUCAGGGUGAAUUCGAGAGGGUAGAAAGGGUGUUUGCGUCUAUCAAGCGCUACCAGCAGCAGCAGGAAGAGGAGGAUGAUGAUGACGAGAAAGAAAUCUACCAGAGAGCGUCACCAUUGGUUCAAAGUUUAGCGGCAAACAUCUAUCAGUUCAUACAGAAACAGAAAUCGAUCGACUACUUUGGAAAAGGUCAAAACGAAAGAGCGGAUCUUAAAAAGUUUCUCGAAAAUAGUCAAUCUCUGGGAGAUAUGACGACCGAUCUGAGGAUCGCUGCUGCCAACGGGGAGGACUUCGAUUACCGCUCUGUCGAAGAGGAGGUGCAGAUCAUUAAACGCUACUUUCUGAUCACGGUCCGUUUGAUCUUUAAAAAUCUGAUCAAAGUAAUUGUAGACGCGAUCGAGGAUUCCAAGUGCGAUCUGAUGCUACGCUCGAAUCUAAGCUACGUAGCCACCCUGUCCAACCUGGACUAUCAGGGUUUAGCGUCGUUGAACGACGCGUUCAUCUCGAAUGGCACCGUCCGGGCGCUGCUAAUCGUCUGCAUGGAUUCGAAAUUUUCCUCGAUAAGAGCGCUGGCGUUGCGUGCUCUGGCUACGGUUUGCUCGACAACGGAAACCAUACGGCAACUGGAGAAAGCCGACGGAAUCGAAAUAUUGCGUGACAUCCUGGUCGAUCAGCGGUCCAAUCUGCGGGGAGACCCGGAACUGCGCGAAGCGGUCUCGGUGUUGACACAGAUUACCGCUCCCUGGCACGGCGAGGAACACCGCAUCGAGGGGCUGCGACAUCACGUACAUGCCAUCGUGGAAGCUGUGACAGAAAUCGUCGACAGGACGACUUGCUGUCAGACACUGCUGCUCUGUUCCGCCUGCCUGAACAAUCUGACCAGGAUCGAGGUCACUGCAGUUUACGCGCUGAUGUCCCAUCAGACGGCCGAGAAGUUGAAAGCAGCCGCCGAGCGUCGUGGUCCUGGAGCGUCGGUAUUCCUUUUCGAGCAAAUCACCUCGAUGUUGUUCAACAUGUCCUCGAACAAAAAGUCACACCACCACUUGGCGGCCCGGCCCCUCGUGCUGCUGCUGACCGGCAUUUUCAACCAAAAAUUCUACGAACGAUUCGACAGUCGGGUCGAAUCGGAAGCGCAACAUAAAACGGUGAAGAACAUUCUGCACAUCCUGUCGCGUCUUAUUGCGACUGGUGCCAUCGGGUGUCACGACGAGCUGCUUGAAAGCACUGUCGUGCCUAUUUUCGCCCGCGUCGAACGCAGCCUGGAUGAUCGGAGUGCAUACUAUCGGGACGUUACACUGCUGAACCGACGGAUGAAUGAAAGUCUUGGUCAAAGGACUUCCGUUUCGACACCCCCCGAAGGACCGACGGUUGUGAAUAUCAAGCAGUCCGAUGGCCCCACCCACAGGGUUCCGAAUCCCUACGUAACGAGAUUAACGAUUGAACGGCAGCCAAACGGUGGCAUCGUUAUGCUGGACAAGAAUCGCCAGGAGAGUUACGUUUGAUUUGUGGCCUCCGGCCAUUGUCGCCAUCCCACCGAACAACCGAGUAGAGUAGAAAUGGGGAUAAGCUUUUAAAGCGAUUGAGCGAUACCAGCGGGAUACGCUUUCAAACCACCACGACACAAUGCCAGGAGAGGGCAACUUAAUCAGAUUCGAAUUUAGGAUUAAGGACGAUGCUGGCGCAAAGUUGCCAGACAGGACGGGGCGAGGGCGGCCCCACAACGCGAUGAUUUGUUUCGCAACA